AAUAAGUACUCAGCUCCCGGCAGCGUCGCCGUCAUGGGGAAGGACUAUUACAAGAUUUUGGGCAUCCAGUCCGGCGCCAACGAGGAUGAAAUCAAGAAAGCUUAUCGGAAAAUGGCCCUGAAGUAUCACCCUGAUAAGAAUAAAGACCCCAAUGCUGAGGAGAAGUUCAAGGAGAUCGCGGAGGCUUAUGACGUCCUGAGUGACCCCAAGAAACGAGCUGUUUACGACCAGUAUGGGGAGGAAGGUCUCAAAACCGGAGGUGGCUCUUCAGGUGGCUCAGGGAACACUUUCCACUACACCUUCCACGGAGACCCCCACGCCACCUUCGCGUCCUUCUUUGGAGGCUCCAACCCUUUCGACAUCUUCUUCGCUAGCAGCCGCUCCCGGAUGUUCAAUGGCUUUGAGCAGGAAGACAUGGAUUUCGAUGACGAUGAUGAUCCUUUCAGUGCCUUCGGCCGGUUUGGCUUCAACGGCAUUAACGGGGUUCACCGGCGGCACCAAGAGUCCCUGCAUACACGGAGGAAGGUCCAAGACCCACCCGUCAUCCAUGAGCUCAAGGUGUCCCUGGAAGAGAUCUACCACGGCUCCACCAAGAGGAUGAAGAUCACCCGCAGAAGGCUCAACGCUGAUGGCCGGACCAUGCGGACUGAGGACAAGAUCCUAAACAUUGUCAUCAAACGGGGUUGGAAGGAGGGAACCAAAAUCACGUUCCCCAAAGAAGGGGACGCCACGCCAGACAACAUCCCUGCCGACAUCGUCUUCAUCCUCAAGGACAAGCCUCACUCGCACUUCAAGAGGGAUGGGACGAACGUGGUCUACACGGCAAACAUCAGUCUUAAAGAGAUCUUCAGGCAGCGCUGCAGGCAGGGGCUCGCUCCCGCCCGGCUGCCUGCUCACGCCUGCCCUCGGCAGCCGCCCGCUUUGCAUCCUUUACCUGGCGUCACCUUCCUCGAAGCAUCCACGCGUCAGCGCCCAGCUGAGACGCGACCGGUGCCGAUGUUCCCCCGGCGGCUCCCGGCUCCGCUGCGAGCGGUGGAGGACCCGACGCUGACCUAG